AUGUUGGGUCUGGGGAGAUCAGAGGAAGGAUUUCUGCUUGCAAAACAAGUCCCGAAAGCAUUUCGGGACGCUCGUGGCGAACUGCCGCGACUCGUGCUUGGAACUCUUCGAGGCAUGUGGCACUACGAGGGCGACUCCUUCGUGAUGCGAGCAAGGAGGGACAUUCCGCAGGGCGAGGAGAUUACAGUGUCUUACCUCGCCGAAGAGAGCCUCCUGGAAUCCACGGCCAGCCGCCGAUCCCAGCUUGAGGCAACGAAGCACUUCCUCUGCAACUGCGCCACGUGCUCGCAGGCGCUGGAUCCCGUUCGUGGUUUCCGCUGCCCAGGCUGCGGCAAGGGUGACAUAUUCCUCGAGAUGGUGAUGGGAUCCCUGCAGCCGAGCACCCAGGGCGCUUGUGGGGUCUGCGGCUUCCAGCCAACGGAGGCGCAAGCCAAAGAGAUGAUCGACCAGGAGGCUCGCGUAGAAGAGUGUGUCCAGGAGUGGGAUCGCAAGGUGAAUAACGCCGCGACCUACCUGCCACAGGACACAGCCCUGCGCCUUGAAAAGAACAUGGCCGGGCUCUUUGCAGAUGGCCACUGGCUCCGCGAUCGGGUUGCAAGGCACCUGGUCAGCUUCUACGAGGCGUUGGGAGCCGCCGAGGAGGCCCUUUCCUUCGCCACGCGCUGCGUGGACUUCGCUGCCAAGGUGUAUCCUGGCUUCAGCGCUCUUCACGCUUGGUCCCUUGAGACACAGGGCGACCUGAUUCUCCGGGUGGCGGGCUUCGGCGUUGGUCCGGACCACGUCGAAGCGCCAGGCUCCGUGGAUGCCGAAGUCUGCCGCGAGGUGACCGGGGUCUACAGCGAGGCUGCAGAAGCCUUGCGGGCACUCUUCGGCGCGGACCACGAGUUCUAUGUUGCCAUCCGUGACAAGCGAGACGCCCUGCGCGAGCUCUGCACCGCCAAUGGGCGGCAGAGCCCGAAAGAUGUGACCAACCGUGCGAAGCCGGAAGAGACCUGGUGA